UGGGCGGCCUGAGGGUGCGGAGACACUGGGGGUGGGGGACGGUGGCAGCAUGGCGGCUGGGUACAAGCAGUUCAAUCCUCCUCUUCCUCUCUGUCGCUCCCACCGGGAUCCUUUAGAUUGCGUGUGUUCGUUGUAAGCCCGCCGCCCGCCCGCCAGUCCUCUGGUCCACCGGUCCACCCGUUCUCCCUUGCGCCGCCACUGCCAGCUCUAAGGGUCGGCCGGCCGGGUAACUCGCCCUCCCACCCCACCCACCGGCCCGCGGGCCAGGACCAUGGAGGACGUGAAACUGGAGUUCCCCACCCUCCCACAGUGCAAAGAGGAUGCCGAGGAAUGGACCUAUCCUAUGAGACGAGAGAUGCAGGAAAUUUUACCUGGAUUGUUUUUAGGCCCAUAUUCUUCUGCUAUGAAAAGCAAGCUACCUAUACUACAGAAACAUGGAAUAACCCAUAUAAUAUGCAUAAGACAAAAUAUUGAAGCAAACUUUAUUAAACCAAACUUUCAGCAAUUAUUUAGAUAUUUAGUCUUGGAUAUUGCAGAUAAUCCAGUUGAAAAUAUAAUACGUUUUUUUCCCAUGACUAAAGAAUUUAUUGAUGGGAGCUUACAAACUGGAGGAAAAGUUCUUGUCCAUGGAAAUGCAGGGAUCUCUAGGAGUGCUGCCUUUGUUAUUGCGUACAUUAUGGAAACAUUUGGAAUGAAGUACAGAGAUGCAUUUGCUUAUGUUCAAGAAAGAAGAUUUUGUAUUAAUCCUAAUGCUGGAUUCGUCCAUCAACUUCAGGAAUAUGAAGCCAUCUACCUAGCAAAAUUAACAAUACAGAUGAUGUCACCACUACAAAUAGAAAGGUCAUUAUCUGUCCAUUCCGGUACCACAGGCAGUUUGAAGAGAACACAUGAAGAAGAUGAUGAUUUUGGAAACAUGCAAGUGGCAACUGCACAGAAUGGCUGACUCAAGAGUAACCAUUAUAGAAGAUGUGAAUUGAAUUUCUAUUUGGGAAGGAGAAAAUACUAGAGACAAUAAUAAUGUAAAAUUGUAUAAAAAAAAAAAAAGUAGUUUCUUUUCAAUUAAAUGUUGCUUCCAGACGUGUUUCUCUGCAACUUGUUGAGCAACAUUUUAAGAAGAUGUUGGACUUCUGCAAUAGAUGGCACUGAUGGUUUUACUCCUUUUUGUUUUUUUUUUAUUUUUCAUUUUACAGUUUUAUUAUAAACCAAGAAUUUUGGACUUGCAAAGAGGUAUUAUUGCAAUAAUGCACUUUUCAUACUUGAAAUUUAUUUGUAUGAUAUAAAGUUAUUACUUUAAACAAAAUGCAAGUUAGGGGGGAUUUGUUUAUAAAAUUUGGGUAAUUUAUAACAAAAGAGUUUACUAAAGUUUGCUAAAAAUUCAUUUUGUGUUAUAUAUAUUACAUUUUAAAAAUAAUUUUACAGUUCAGUUUUAUGAUGGAGCCUCUUACAGAAACAUUAACAAAAUGCAGGAAUAUGCCACGUUUCUCUUUUUUAGUAUAAUUCAGUACCUAAAUUGUCCUUUUAUUUUUCUAAGCUCUUCUUGGUCCUUCAUUAAUAGUCUUUAAAUCACGUCAUUAGCCAAUUUCCUUACUUUAAAAUGAUCGAGUUAUUGUUUCCUUACUUGUUACCUUCCUAAUUUGUUUAUUCCAUUAAAAAAAAAAGUUUAAUGAACAAAGGAAGAUGUUUUGCUUUAUACUAUAGAUUCUCCCUCAAAAAGGAUAGCAUUAGAAGUCUCAAGUAACUUCCCUUUUUUGCAUUACUUAUUAUGGGUUCUUUUGAGAACCUGUUUUUUUGUUUUUGUUUUGUCCAAAAUGGUUCUAAAUAGAAUAUACCAAUUUACCACUAUUGGUUUUUUUCCCCUAUGUGAAACCCAAAAAAGAAAAGUGCCUUGCAUCAUUUAAGAAAUGAAAAGAUAAAACCUCAUGACCUCCAAAAUUAAUCUACAGAACAGUGAAAAGUAAGAUUUUCUGUAAUUUCUUUGUUUUUAAACCAUAGAUUAGUUUAAAUAAAAAAUACUAAGUUUGAAGAGACCAUAGUAAAUUAUUUGGAACAUGUUCAUUUUAUGUUAUCUUAAUGAUUCUGUGAGAUUGUUCCAGCCCUGAUAGAAGCUUUUCUCUGAAAAUGCAUUUAUUGGAGAAAAUGAUUUGUGGGAGACCUUAUCAUUUUAAAUUGGCUUUUUAAUAAAUUCUUUAAAUUGAGUUAAUCCAAAUUUCCCCCAUAAUUUGCAUUAGCAAAGUCACUUUAUGAAUCCUUGGUUCUCCUUGUUUUUAUUUAUAUGUAUAAAAAUUGUUUUAAGAAAAACAUUUACGAUUUUAAGUAUGUGAUGGGAGGGUGGAGUGUUUUUAACUUUUUAUAGUUGACUUAAGGGUAACACAAACAAAACUCCUUUGUAUUUCACUUUUCUCAGUCCUCUUUUGAGGUGCUUUACUGAUGGGAAUGAUUUCUAUACAUUCCCUUGGUAUCAAGAGGUACUAUGCAAGGUAACCUAUUACACCAAGUUACUUGCUUUGCUUUCCUGUGAUAUAAUAAUAUAGUAAAAGCUAUUUUAUCCAGCAUAGUGAAAGACUGGAAAUGGAUUAAAAUGCUUUGUUAAUGAAGAGUUACUUCCUGUUGACCCAGGUGACCUUCUGAUUUCCUUUCCCUUCCCCCAUUUUACCAUCCUGAAAACAGCACCGCAUUAAUCCCAUUGUGGUCAAGUAUUCUGUUGUGUGAUUAGGUCAUUUGGUGUGGUGGUCUAGUGGAGUCACAAUUUAAUUGGGUGUUCAGAUAUUCCAGUUAGCAAAGUGCCAGAUAACAUGCUUUCUGGUAUAUAGAUCACUUAUUGGACAGUUCAGCAAAGAUCUCUCUUGAAAUUUAAUAAUCUCUGAUGCUUCAUUCUGCAAAGAAUCUUCAUAAUGUAAAUUUAGGUUUUAAAACUGAGGCAGUAAGAUUUUUUUUAUUAGCGUCUUAAAUACACUUAUCUUCUCUAGUAAUCUGGCCAAAAAUACAGGUUUGGUUAUUGAUAUUAAUUUAUUACUGGUAAUUUUCCACUUUUUCUAACCACUGUAAUUUUUAUGUUGUCACUAAAGUGCCUGCCCAGCACUGUAUAUUAAAGAGAGUCUCUCACCGACACUAGAAAAAGGACUGCCAUCAUCUUUGGUACAAUAUUAAUGUGGAUAAAACAUGGCGUUUAUUCUUUCUUUUAUAGGAACACUGCAAGUUUGGUGGUGGUGUUUUUUUUUUUUUUUUUUUUUUUUUUUUUUUUUUGGAUCUACUUUCACCUAAUACUCCAUAGUUCUUCUGGUAGCUCAUCCUAUUCUUACUUCCCUUGGCUCCAUUUCUGUGAUUUAUUUCCACUGAUAUAUUUUGUUAGUUAGGAUAAAUUUAAUUAAUCAUGAUUUAUUUCCUAGAGUAUUUGAAUAAUGUAUGUAUAACAAAGCACCCACUCUUAAGAUUAAAUAUUUAGUCUGGGCACAGAACUUAAAGUGAAAUUGUGUCAAACCAUAGGAAAACUGCAUUAUUAAUGUCUAUUUUUGGAAGUAGGAAAUAAUUUAUUGAAAAUAUUCAAAUUGGAAUGGCAGUAUAUGUACCUUUUAAUUUCAAUCUAUUGGUUCAUGUUAAUUUUUUUCAUCUGUUAGAUGUUUGAACAGCAGUUACCUUUGUUUAUUGGUAUCUACUCUGGUGGAAAUGUUAAAACAGUGAUAGCUUUUGCUAUACCAACUCAACCACUUAACUUUUUGAGCUGAAUAUCAAUUGUGGUUCGGGGUGGGGGGGGUGUUUCUGCUUCAUCUGAGUUUAGAAGUAAUGUCAAAACAAUGUUUAGCAUAUCCCUUUUAAGAAAAUAUAAGGUUUCUAAUUGUCUUAUUACCAUGGUAACUCAAGUGAAUCAAAGUAUUUAACUGCAGUCUUGAAUUAUAAAGUUGGGAUUUAUAUAUCAGGAUCUCAACUUGAUGUAAAGUAAAUGAGCAGUUACCUGGCGGAUUUUUUCUUUAAUAACUGGUUUAAUCCAUAAUUCCAUAACAAAUUUAGCUUCACUUCAAUAUUUACUUUAUAUUUGUGCAUUCAUCAGUGCUCCGAUUAGAAAAUGAUAGGAAAUAUCUGAUAAUUACUAUAAGAUUUUAUUUUUUUUAUUGAUUAGAGAAAAUAAGUUUCUAGGGUCUCCAAAUGCUGGAUUUUUUUGUCUUACCCAUCCAUGGCAGCUAAAAAAAAAGAAAGGAAAAAUCACUCAAAAAUAUUCAGGUUUACAUAUUCGCUUCCUCUCAAAGGGAGUUGUCAUACCUCACAGUUCAAAGUGUUUUCUAUGGAUCAGUAACAUUAUACUGACAUGUAAUUGCAAUUUACUAUGCAGCAAAAAUGAUUCAAGAAGCAAAAUAACCUACAUUGUCUAUUUACCUUUGUAUAGGCAAUUGCUUAAUUUACUCUUUUAACAAACAUUUGUACUUGGAUAAAUGCUUGUGUGUAUAGGAAUUGUCACAGUGCAAAAUGCUGCUAGCCCAGGCACAAAGUAUUAAAAUUAUUUUGUGAAGAUUGGUGAUUGUAUUAAACUAUUGUGCCAAUAUGCCUCAAAAAGAUUGAAAAGUUCAUUUAUACUGCUUGUGACUCAAAACGUCUUUAUUUAGAUUGUUAACUUCUGUGUAAAAGUAAUCCAUGUUUACUCCCACAGAUUGAGAAAGAUGAAUGAACAUUGGAUAUUGAGACCCAUUAGAGAAUACUCCAAAAAACUGUGGUCACACAAAAUUAUGGUCAGUAGUCCAUGCAAAUGUAAUAUUCCAGCCUUAAGUAUAUUUUUAAGGAUUAGUUAUGCAUAUUUGGGGUUGGAAGUAAGAAUCACGUUCAAAUAAAAGGGUAGGUCAGCCAGAGAAUAGCUUCCAGCCCAUUAAAAAAAAUACGCUCUUUCAAUACCUUCUUCCUCCUGUGUUAGCUACCUACAUACUGUUCAUCAUCAAAUCAAAGAUCCCAUCACUACUACACCAUUAUUUUAGAUAACACUAAAAGGCAAAAUGUUGCUGACAAGCCACUGAUCAUAAAAUGUGUCCACAUUUCAGAGAUGUUAACAC